AUGUUCGUCGAUAAAAACGAGAGCUGGAUACUGCAAGAGGAUAAUGAUCCCAAACACCGCAGCAAGCUGUGUAGGGCUUGGAAGGAGGAGGCUGGAGUCGUAACGUUGGAUUGGCCCACACAGUCACCUGACGCUAACCCAAUCGAAAACGUGUGGGCCUUCGUCAAGCUGAAGCUUCGUGGAAGAAAGGUACACACAUUGAAGCAGCUGUGUCUACAAAUUCGUGGGAUUUGGAGGUCUCUGCCGAGAGAGUACGCGGAAAAACUCGUCGAAAGCAUGCCUUCGAGGUGCCAGGCCAUCAUCGACUCCGGCGUUGAUCGGACAAAAUACUAA